AUGACUUUCAACGUUUCGAUACAAAAUAACAAGGACAGUUUUAUCCCGGUCGUCAAAAGAUACGGCUAUUUUGACCCUCGCGGUGAACCGUACAUCAUCAGAGAGGGCAACAACUACGUGGACGCCGACCCUCUAUUGGACUAUAUACACUGGGUAAUCGCCUUCAUCGUCAUCCCAACCGUCUCCAUCUUGGGAAUCAUCGGAAACUCCAUAAGCCUUGCUGUACUCACCAAACAUGGAUUCAGUAAAAGCUCCAACGUUUUACUGUUCAGUCUGGCUUUAUCCGAUAUUUUGUUUAUGGUUGGGGUAACGGGGCCCCCUAAGGCCAUGUAUGAAUGGGGUGGUGGGGGUUUCCAGUACCCUGAGACCACAGCUCACGUGCUGUACUAUUUAUAUCAUAUUUUUGAUAGUCUGAAUUGGGGAAGUGGUCCGCCGUCGCUCUUUGUUCCAGUGCUGAUAACAAUAGAACGACUAAUUGCAGUUUUUCUACCACUGAAGUUCACGUCAAUUGUGACUCCUAAAAGAACUGCCGUUGUUGUUAUAGGCACCAAUGUGGUGUCUUAUGGAGUUCAGAUCUAUGUCCGUACAUGGUUUGAGUUUGUGUACGUCUUUGAUAUCGCCCGUAAUGCCUCUGUUGGUUAUGCAGCCAGAACAGCUGCCUACUGGACCCAACGUGGAGCCAACAAGAUCAUUGCUAUUUUCGUCAACUGUCUAAUGAUUUUGGUCAUAUUUGUCUUCUGUGGAUCAAUUGCUAUCGGGAUCAAAAUUAAGCUGGCGUCUAUUCGGCGACUGAAGAUGACCGCAUCUGGGAAACAGAAUUCCAAAUGCGAUGCAGGAACAUCCAGAACAACGAAGAUGUUAUUAUGUUUAUGUUUCUUUUAUGCUAUUGCUUGUGCCCCUAUAGGGUUACCGGUGUUUAUUCCUGGUUUUAUGUCGUUUCCCGUGUACACUGAAGAACCGAACUUUCAUUCUGUGGGAGUGUUUAUUUACCACAUCUAUAAGCUUAUCUACUGCAUCAAUGCAUCUAUCAACUUCUUUAUCUACGUUUUAAUGAGUAGAAGUUUCAGAAAGACAUUUCUGGGUCUCAUACCUUGCAUCAACACGAAUCAGGAAAACUCGCAAACAAAUUCAGCCGAGCUUUCGCACAGUCGUACCACAAAUCGUGACUAA